AUGAAGGGCUUGUUUAAGUCUAAGCCCAAGACCCCUGCUGAAAUCGUCCGUCUCACUCGGGAUCUCCUCGUCUAUGUCGAUCGAACUCCUGCUGAUGCUCGCGAUCCCAAGCGAGAAGAAAAGAUGCUGGAGCUGAGCAAACUUAUUCGGGAUUUGAAGUCGAUUCUUUAUGGAAACAGUGAAGCUGAGCCUGUAGCAGAAGCUUGUGCUCAACUGACGCAGGAGUUCUUCAAGGAGAAUACCUUGCGUCUGAUAAUUAAUUGUCUACCGAAGUUGAACUUAGAGACCCGAAAGGAUGCUACACAAGUCGUUGCAAAUCUUCAAAGGCAACAGGUCCAAUCGCGGCUCAUCGCUUGUGAUUACUUGGAAGCAAACAUAGAUUUGAUGGAUACUUUGAUAGGCGGUUAUGAGAAUCCAGACAUGGCUUUACAUUACGGUACAAUGCUAAGGGAAUGCAUACGCCACCAGAGUGUUGCAAGAUAUGUCUUGGAAUCUGAGCAUAUGAAGAAGUUUUUUGAUUUUAUACAGCUUCCAAACUUUGACAUUGCUGCUGAUGCUGGUGCAACUUUCAAGGAACUCUUGACGAGGCACAAAUCAACUGUUGCUGAGUUUCUCUCGAAGAACUAUGACUGGUUCUUCGCAGAAUAUAACUCAAAGCUGCUUGAAUCUCCGAAUUACAUUACUCGAAGACAAGCUGUGAAGUUGCUGGGAGAUAUGUUACUGGAUCGCUCUAAUGCAGCUGUGAUGACUAGAUAUGUUAGCUCAAGAGACAAUCUGAGAAUUCUGAUGAAUCUUCUCAGAGAAUCCAGCAAGAGCAUUCAAAUUGAAGCAUUCCAUGUUUUCAAGUUAUUUGCUGCCAACCGAAACAAGCCUCCUGAUAUUGUUGGCAUCCUUGUCGCCAACAGAAGUAAACUUCUGCGCCUCUUUGCCGAUUUUAAAACUGAAAAAGAGGACGAACAGUUUGAAGCUGACAAAGCUCAAGUGGUGAGAGAAAUUGCUGCACUAGAGCCCAAAGAGGGCCUAUGA